CGUCCCCGGUUCCCUAGGCUUCGGGGAGGAGGGGUGGGGAAUCGGAACAAAGAAACCACCGAGAUGACGUGACCUCCCCGCGUCCUAGAGGUGGGGGCUCGUGCUAAGCGGAAGGUGCCGGAUGACGUACUAGCUUCCUGGCCCGCCAUUGUUCUCCUAACCUCCUAGAUUCUGCCCUUCGGAGGGGGCGCCGGGCUUUCCCGGCCUCGGCCUCCUCAGGACUCCCUCCCGGACUUUCUCGGCGCCCGGGUGCACUGAGCGGGGAUGCCCUUGGUCCCGGGCCUGCAGGUUAAAGCAAGAAGAGCACCUGCAAACCCCGAGCCACUACCUAAAUCCCCUCCCUAAGGGAACGUGUAUGCAGCGACCUACUGUGCUAAGAACUCCUGAGGUUCUUGCCCCUACAAAAUAGGGGAGCACAGGAGUCAUGGCAUCUGUGCUCCUGACAACCAAGCCCCAGAAACUGGGAUUGUCCCUGGGGCAGCAGGAAUCUGUUGUUUCAGGAGUCGGUGAUGUUCGAGGAUGUGGCUGUGUACUUUACCCAGAAGGAAUGGGCAGAUCUGGCCCCUGCUCAGAGGGCCCUGUACAAGGAUGUGAUGCUGGAGAAUUAUGGAAACAUAGUCUCCUUGGCAUUUCCAUUUCCCAAACCUGCCGUGAUCUCUAAACUGGAACAAGGGGAAGAACCAUGGGGCCUGGAUCCACAGGUUUCACCAGAUGGAGAGGGCCUAAAAGGAUUUCCAUUUUCAAAAACUGCCAUGAUCUUCCAUCUGGACCAAAGGGAAGAGCCAUGGUUUCUGGAUCUUCAGGGCAGUCUGGAUGAAGAGGAUCUAAGAGAGAUAUGCUCCAAUGGUGAGACUAGAACAGAGUAUGAAGAACCAAGUCCAAAACAAGAAAUUUUCAAAGAAACAAACUCUCACACAGUGAUAUCAGACAGACUUCAGAGGGACAUUCUCCUGGGUUCUACCUUUCAAGAUGGCUGUGGAUUAGAGGUUAGAUUCGAUAGGCAACAAGAAGAUACCACAGGGGAGAGAAUGAGGCAAGAGUUUCUACAGAGGGUAGUGAAGGAUGAAAGAAUCCUCAUAGAGGAAAGAAGUAAGAAGAAUAAGAAACUGGAAAAGGACAUCAGUGUCAGCACAUACCCUGACAUAUAUCAAAGGGUUGCUGGAAGGCAUAGAUCCUACCUAUGUAAAGAAUGUGAUAAAAUUUUUCAUCGAAGUUCAGACUUUUUUCGACAUCAAAGAAUCCACACAGGGGAAAAACCCUACAAAUGUAAUGAGUGUGAGAAAGCUUUCAGGUGGAGCACAAGCCUUAUUCGACAUCAACGAUUUCACAUCAGAGAAAAACAGUAUAAAUGUCAGGAGUGUGAAAUUGUAUUUAGAAAAAAUUCAGCUUUUAUUCGGCAUCGGAGGAUCCACACAGGUGAAAAACCCUAUGAAUGUCAUGAGUGUGGGAAAGCCUUUAGCGAAAGUACAGGUUAUACUAUUCAUCAGAGAAUUCAUACCAGAGAGAAACCAUAUGAAUGCAGUGACUGUGGGAAAGCCUUCAGUUGUAAUUCAAACCUUAUUCACCAUCAAAGAAUCCACACUGGGGAGAAGCCCUAUGAAUGUAAGGAGUGUGGGAGGGGCUUUAGCAAUAGUUCAGACUUCAUUCAACACCAGAGAAUUCACACUGGAGAGAAACCUUAUGAAUGUAAGGAAUGUGGGAAGGCAUUCAGUCGAAACUCAGGCUUUAUUCAGCAUUCAAAAAUCCACAGUGGAGAGAAACCUUAUGAAUGUAAAGAUUGUGGCAAAGCAUUUAGUCAAAGCUCACAUUUUAUCCGACAUCAGAGAAUUCAUACCGGAGAGAAGCCUUAUGAGUGCAGUGAGUGUGGGAAAGGGUUCGGCCAGAACUCAAACCUUAUUCGGCAUCAAAGAAUCCAUAUUGCAGAUAAGUCUUUGAAUAUAGUGACUGCAAAGAAAGCUUGAUAAGAUGUGUGCGUAACCAGAGUUAAUAUCAAGCCGGAGUUGUUCCAAUAAUGGGAACCUGUUCAUAUAAAAAUGCCUCAUGUAAUGAAACUCAGCUAUUCAGCAUCUUUUAGUAGUUUGGAACACAGCUAAGAGACUAGCUAAACUCUUAAAUAACCACAACAGAUAUCACAAAGAUCAUGCAUCUUUACUCAUUGGGGAGAUUCAUUUGGAAUCUGUAUACUCCUAUUUUACACACAGUUCCAAGAAGCUUGGUUAUUUGGCUUCCAAGCCCAUGUCAGAUUUGAAACAGCCAAUUGCAAGGGGGAGUUAGAAGGAAAGGAAGGAAUGCAUCAGGCAGUAGCUGGAUGUGACGGCUGACAACAAGAUGGAGCAAAACUAAGAGAUUAACAUGGAUUCACACAAGACAGUCGCAGGCCAUUUAACCUAGGGACAAAUAACCCUCUGGCUUACACACUUGAGUAGGGGGUAGACUUCGUUCUAGCACAGCACAGUUCAGUAACAUUUUGCAUAAUUACCUGAAGCCAUUCAGAAGAGGCUAAAUUAUGUCCUAUGUGCUGUAGAAGAGAAUUGUGUGAUCUAUCUUUCAUUUCCAUUAAAAUUAUUUUAACGUUUUGGUGCUCCACAGGAUAAAACCUCAAGCUAUUAAGAACAACUCCUUGCCUGGUAGUUGCAGGUAGCAGCAAAAGCAGCAUUUUCAUUUAGGAAGUUGUCUUUUUGACAGAGGUUCAAAGACUGCAGAAAAAAUCCUGUAUCAAAUACAUAGAAAAAUUGUCUUUCAACCCCAACUUUAUUUCCACUGAGUCAGUCUCAGGCACACCAGUAAAGGUAUCUGUGAAGGUGCCUAAGGGCGGUCGCUGGGAGCUAACGGAAAGUUUGGAGACUGAAUCUUUAUUUAAAAAAAAAAAGACUCUUUUUCUGUAAACUAAAAGCAAUUAUAAGGCCUCCAUGUGUUGGAGCAAGUACCACUUGAGGUGGUGAGUGUCAACUAGUCGUCCCUGUAGCUGAAGAGUGCCCAAACUGAAAAGGCAAUAUAUGGGACAAGAAAGUUGAGUUUUGAGACAAUUGGCCCUUAAACUACCAAAGAUUUUGUUUAUUCUUCAGGGAUAACAUAUAAUUAUUCUUUCUCAAAGUACAAAAGGGAAAACUUGAACAGUGACCAAGAUAAAAUAUAUGGCUGUGGUCCUGCCAUUGGACUAGAUAAAAAGCUCUAAAGAGUAAGCAUUUAAUCCCUUUGUCCCUUGUGGUAAAGGGAAGGAAUAAGAUCUUGUUUCUGAACUUUGUGUUUUUCCCAUGGGGAAAUAGGCUAGAACAGGGACAUGAGAGCUAAGGAGCAGUGAGUUUUCUAGGCCUCUUGCUGCUAUUAUUCCCCUGAAAUAAAAGGUAACCCUGAUGAAAUAGCAUAAAGAAAUCUUUAAUUCAUGUAGUUCCCUCUUACCACUGGACUCCUGCAAUCUGCCUUUUAAUUGACAGCUUUGCUCAUUAGCAACAUCCAGGAAAUGACCUCAAAAGGAGAAAGCUUGUAGAUACAGACAGGACUUGGAAUGUGGCCAGAUCUCCUAAGAGAGGAACAAAACUUCCUACCUGGAAAAAAACUGAUGGUGUUAUUUGGUUAUGGAAUGAGUCUAGGUGAUUUACAGAAGCUCACUGUCUUAUGGGUAACUAUUAUGGACUAUGCAAAUGAGUUCAAAAGGUUCUUUUGAAAAAGAUUGAAAGGAAAGAGCUUCAGAUUCUUAAGAUAUAUAUGAACAGGGGCAGCUAGGUGGAUAAAGCACUGGCCUUGGAUUCAGGAGGACCUGAGUUCAAAUCCAGCCUCAGACACUUGACACUUAACUAGCUGUGUGACCCUGGGCAAGUCACUUAACCCUCAUUGCCCUGCCCCCCCCAAAAGAAAGAUAUAUAUGGAGAGAGAGAUCAAUAGAUGUACUCAGGAAGGAAGCAAGGAGAGUGAACAUAUAACCAAAAGUGUUAGCAAUCUGGAGAUAGAAAGUUGUAUGGCUCAACAUGAAAGCUAGAGGAAAAGUUAGAAAAUGAUUAUUUAUCUCCAGUAAUGACCAUGAAAGGGAUACUUUGGAGGAGGAUACAAGUGUCCUAGUUUACCAGCAAGGCAAAACCUUAUAGUGGUUGGUGCCAAAUGGUAUGCCCUCACCUAAGAUAAUAGCAUCUCUAAUUCCAUCCAACCCAAUGCUUCCAUUUCCUCAUCAUUUCUUAGUUCCUUGCUUCGUUCCAGUCUCCAGCACUGCUGAAAACAUCAUUCAGUUUUACUGUUGAUCCCUUGCUAAAUUCAAUAGUCCUUCCAGGUUUUCUUUUUUCAUAACUUUAGACUUUGAUACUACUGACUACUCUUUAACUUCUGUCAUAGUAUAUUGACCUAACUUUGAAAUUUGAUGAAUCAUGGCUUUUGCUUUCUAAUUGUUAUAUUAUAACCAGUCAGAUAAUCUAUCCCUUGCUCUGGUCUGUUUAUGCCCUUGGAGACCCAAACCAAUUCCACUGUUUCAAAUUCCUCCUCUUAGUCAAUGACUCCCUCUUUAGGCGUGAUCUCAUGUGAGCUACAAUUCCAGCUCUCCAGCUGCUUCCUAGAUAUUUCUACUUGAAUGUUCCACCGUCACCUCAAGUUCAAUAUGUCUUAAACUUAAGAUAGAGAGUUAAUUUUCCCUUAAAUCAGCUCUUUGACCUUAUUACCAUGACUUCCCUUGUCAUUUAGGAUCAUGACUCAAAAGUCACUUUUGAUUCCUCCCUUUACAUCAAUGUCAUAUUAGGAUGGUUGUAACUGAUCCUUUUCUCAUUAUUACCACCUAGUCUAGACCUUUAAAAUCCAUACCUUGAUUAAUGCAUAGCUUCUCAUCUUGGAGAUUUUAGUUUCUCUCAUGCUAAACAAUACUCAUUCCAUUUUACACCCUUUCAGCAGAGAAAACACUGCUGUAUUCAACCUGUCACCUCCCCACUAAAAAACAAACAAAAAAGCCCUUUUCACUGAGUCAGUGAAAGAGAGGAGUCUCCACCUGCAAUUAUGUCCAAAUCCUCCUCCUGGCUUUCACAACUCCAUAAUCUAGCCCCUACGUUACCCAUAUAAACCUCUUUUAUCCUGAGGCUUUCCCCUGUUUUUCCUGUCCUUUUGAUUUCUCCCAUUUCUGAAAUCCUGGGGCACAUCUGUACCACUCAUUGUGUUAUUUAAAUAUUUAUUGCCUUAUUUAAAACAAGAUUUUUGAGUAUUUACUGACUACAGGAUGAUAGGAAGUUCUUUGAAAUUAGUGUUAUAUCUUUUAACCUACAGUGCCCAAAAUAGUUCUUAAUUUGAACUAGCCAUUCAAUAAACAUUUAUUUGAAUUUGUUCGAA